GGCUGUCAAAAUCCACUGCCGCGACAAGUUAUAAACAACGUGCGUUUAGAUUACUCUGGCCGGUUAGCAGUAAAAUAGUGUUUAAUUAUAAGGAAAAUAGAAAUAAUAGUGGUCUUAGUUUGCAGUGAAUAAUAAGAGCUAACCAUGUUGAAACGGAUACCAGAAGAAAAGACUAAAGUUUUGUUCGAGAAGCUUUCGAAAUACAUAGGUACAAAUGUGAAACUCCUAAUCGACCGCCCGGAUGGGACGUACUGUUUCCGCGAGAUGAACAUGAGGGUCUACUACAUGUCGGAGAGAAUCCUGAAGCUGACGGAAGGACUGAAGAAAAAUGAGCUCGUUUCUGCGGGCACAUGCUUCGGCAAGUUUACAAAGGGAAACAAAUUUAUCCUGCAUAUUACCGCGCUAGCUUUCCUGGCGCCAUACGCACAGUACAAAAUCUGGGUGAAACCUUCGGCAGAGCAGCAGUAUUUGUAUGGAAAUCACAUAACGAAGUCCGGCCUGGGAAGGAUUACCGAAAAUACCCCCAUGUACCAGGGGGUUAUUGUGAUGUCCAUGAACGAUACGCCGCUUGGAUUCGGCGUGGCGGCGAAAUCGACGACCGAUUGCAAAUUGGCCGAUCCCCUCGUGACGGUUUGUUUUCACCAGGCUGAUAUUGGAGAAUAUAUUAGAUCGGAAGAUACGUUACUUUAGUAGAGAACAGUGAAAUAUACAUGUGUUUUAUGUUCUGCAUAUCACAUUUUAUGCUAA